GGCAUGGGUUCACUCGAGGUCAUCUAUAUCGUUUGUAGUUCGUACUUCCUUCAAGWAAUAUGGAUAAAAGAAAGACAAACUUGCGGAAUUUUAACUCCAGAGCACUCAAUAGAAGUCGUGGGAUGACAACUGCAGAGCUAAGAAAUAGAAAAAAGCAAAACAUGGUGUCAAAAGGAGGACAAGAUCUCAGAUCUCGACUUGAUGGCUCUGCCARUAAAGUGUUGGAUGCAAGGACAAAACUCCAGCAAAAACGCUCCGUUCAACAGCUUACAGAAAAGACUAAUGUUACAUUGAAUGAACGCAGAAAACAGCAAAGGUCAGACCUUCAUGCGAGUAACCGUUCGUUAAGUUUAGAGAGUGGAACUAUCAAGAUCACUUCAAAGCAACAGUUGCCACCGAACAGGUCAGCGAAGCUCACCGGCCAAACUAUAAAAAUAACUGCGAAAGUCGAUGUUCAAAGCAAAUCAAAGUCCAAAAACCGUAUUAAAGACAAAGAUCGAAACCUGCAACUGAAUAAUACCGGGGGUAUUACCAUCAAGGCAAAAUCUGAACCUUCACCACGACGAAAGAAGUAUAACUUUGGUAUGCCMGACAAACUACACAUGGAUCAAGUCAAUGGUCAAGAGGACAUUGGUUAUUAUGAAUAUAAAAAAUUCAAAACUGCUCAUGCUAUGGAGAAACAACUGCUAGCACUCUCUCCUCCCUGGAAACAACCAGCAGCAAUCACAGAUAGACUGGAUGGUCCCAUGAUGGAACCUCGCAGAACACCACAACCCCAGACAUCAACCAAGGUCACCAUCACCAACCUACAUCCAUCAGUGACAAGGCAAGACAUAGAAGAACUGUUUGGUGUUGUAGGUGUCCUGAAGAGUUGUAAAAUACCACAUCCAGGAACUGCAGAGGUUGUUUACACCAUCAAGGAAGAUGCAAUCACAGCAUAYGCAAGAUAUCAUAACCGUAAUCUCGAUGGCCAGCCCAUGCAAUGUAAGCUAAGUGCUAUGCAGACAUACAGUACUCCGCAUACCAUGCCGUCAAYGCCUCCUGUCCGACCUGCUGCUCCACCAUCACCCAAACUAUUCCAUACCCCAGUACUACCAUAUGUACCUUCCAAACGACCUUCGGAACAACAGUUGAUGCCGCCAUCUCAACCAGUAGUGUUUAAAGUGAAGAUAUGAUGAUAAACUCUCUAWUGACCUUUAAAAUAUGUUAUGUGCAUGAAUUAUGCAUGAGGUUAGGUAUUACCUUCAAGUUCAUUUGAAUACUAUCCACUUGACACCAAGAGUUGUGACAGGUAUUAGACUGGUCCUUUUGUGAACUUGAUGACCCAUUUGUUAUUAAGUAAAGAGCUUUAGCUUUACACAAGCAGUAUAAAACAUUGUUUUGUAAAAAAAAAUAUAUUCAAAAUAUUAUUAGAAGUAAAAAAAAGGUUUCAUGAGAGUGGUUAUUAAGCUUUGCAGAGUAUAGAUAAUAGAUUGAGCAAAAACAUUUGUAGUCACUGAAAUAACAAGGGAUUAUUGGAAACCACUCAAUGAAAACUGCAUUGACAAAAUAUAAAAGAAUUUUAUAUUGUUAAAGCUGGUAAAUAUCACAAUGAUUUUUGUGUUAAGCUUUUUUGAUUAAAGUAUUUGAAUCAAAGUACAA